GAGGAGAGAAAAGCAGCAGCAACAGAUUAUACAACCUUCUUUCUCGGGAUUCCAGCAAUCUGACUAAAACCAUCUGUGUAAUCAUUACUUAAUAUAUAUACUUAUCCGAUCCCAACUUUGAAUUGAAUUUUCCAUACACAGAUUCUCUCUCUCUCAUUCUCUCUCCUGAUUCUCCUUGUCCCUGCUUUUUCCGAUGCCCAAACCGGUCGAUCCUUUCGGGCAUUCACUUUCGGCUAAUAGACGUCUGGUUUGUGAUCUGUAGCUGUUUUUCUUCAAUUCUCUUUCUUUGUUGCUUGAGAAAAAGUUUUGAUGCAAUCAACAUUUUGGAUUUACACCUAGUCUUUGAUCUAUUGUACUUCGCUGUGAAUUUUCAAUGUACUAUCAGAUUGAAGAAGACUGGUCUGAACAUCACUGUUAUCCAGUUAAAGAUUCGAUGAAGAAAUUGAUUAAUGAGGAAAUUUCAAAACAGCCUUACUCCAGAAAAAGUGCACCAAACAUUGUGGCCCGACUGAUGGGCAUGGACAUGCUACCAUUAGAUACGAAUUCGGAAGUUCAGCCGAUCGAUAGGAAGAAUGAAAAUGGAGUCAAGUUUUCCAAAAAGAGAAGGAACGAAAGGGGCUCUGCUACCCAUUUCUCAUAUAAUUCAAAUUCUUCAAGACAGGAGCACCUUGACUUGGUUGACCAUUAUAGUGAGGGAGAAUCUGAAAGAUGGGAUUAUGGUCGAAAAUCAGGAAAGCUGAGGCCUCGUGAACAUCCUCAAGAGGAGGAGCUGCAAAAGUUCAAGAAAGAAUUUGAGGCAUGGCAAGCUGCCAGGUUUAGGGAAUGUUCGAAACCUUUUGAGCUUGGAAUCUUAGGGAAUGUCAAUAGACAGCUUUCUCAGGAUAAUCUGAGUGGAGGUAAAAUGGAACCAUAUACCAACAAACCUGGCGAUCAUAAGGGUCUUAAGUUAAAAGCGAAGUUACAGGAAAGAGAUGGUUUAUGGCACCACAAACAUAAAUCAGAACCAUAUCUAUCUGAGCAAAAUGGAUAUUUUUCUUCAGAAAGCAGGACCAUGUGUGAAGACUUUGAGCCAUCUUCCCCGAUAACUUUUGAUCAGAAAUCGGAUAAAUCUUAUGCGCCAACAAAAAUUGUUAUAUUGAAGCCAGGUCCUGAUAGAAUUUGUGAUCCUGAAGAGUCUUGGACCAGUUCCUCUGGCACCGUGGAGGAGAAAGGUAGUAUGGAAGAUUUUCUGCAGGAGGUGAAAAAACGGUUGAAGUGUGAAUUGCAAGGAAAAGUUCGUAAAAAAAGUUCUGUGGUUAGAGGAAGCGGGAUUGAGACCCCUUUCAGUGAAAAAUCAUCAGAUCCAAGGAAAAUUGCUCGACAUAUAGCAAGACAGGUCAGAGCAAUCGUUACCAGGGAUUUUGGUGUGAAUUUGCUUCGAUCGGAAUCAACAAGAUCAUAUAAAAGUGAAGUUCAGUUCAAUGGACCAGGUUCCCCGGAGUUCAUCAAUAGAGACACAAGGAAAUUCUUUUCUGAGAGGUUGAGGAAUGUUCUAAAGAGAGAAAUACAUCUGGAGGUUCCUGAAGCUUUCAGUGGCAGCACCAGAUCAUCUGCUCUAGCUAAUGAAAAAGUUGGAUUAAAAAGUAAGUCAACAGCUAAAAAUGAGCAGAGCUACUGGGAAAUUGUGAAUGAUAAACAAGACAUGCAAACAAGAUCUUUCAGGCAUGGAGAUGAUGAGGGUGCUCUUCCGAGGGAAUUGUCUUCUAGGAACCUGAUAAGGUCAUUGUCUGCCCCUGUAUCAGGAACAUCAUUUGGGAAGCUUCUUCUAGAGGAUCGCCACAUUUUAACAGGUGCCCAGAUCAGGAGAAAGCAUGAAGUUAUUGAAAAUGUUUCACUGGAUAUGAGAAAAAGAAAGAAGGAUAGGUUCAACUUCAAGGAAAAGGUUACUCACUUUAAAUAUAGUUUCACUCUUAGAGGGGGACUGUUUGGCAGAAAAAUACAAUCAAUGGCUGAAUCAUAUGGGAAAGAGCAUGAUUUUGCAAAGGAUCUCUCGAGUGGACCAACAGUUAUGAACUUCAGUGAAAGACAUGAAAAUCCCACCGAGGUGCCUCCUAGCCCUGCAUCUGUGUGCAGCAGCGCUCAAGAAGAGCUCUGGAGACCGGAAGAUUAUCUUAGCCCGAUAUCAACACCGGAUUUGAUGGGAGAAGACUCUGCUUUGCCAGAGGUUUUUAAAGAAAUCAGUUCCAACUUGAAUGAAUUACGGAGGCAACUCAAGGAACUUGGGUCUGAUGCCCGCGAGAACCCGGAUACCAUGAAGGAGCACAUCGAGUCUGAAAUGGUUCAUGUAGAGGAUCAGGCGGAAGCUUACAUUAGAGAUUUGCUUAUUGCCUCUGGUUUCUAUUAUGGAUCAUAUGAUAAAUCAUUAUGUAGAUGGGACCCCCUUUCAAGGCUAAUCAGUACCUCAGUCUUUGAAGAAGUGGAAGAAUCUUACAGAAAAUCAGCCAAGGGUGACGAUAGUAUGAUUUUAGAUCAGGAUGUCAAGAAGUUUGAUCACAAACUGUUGCUUGAUCUGUUGAACGAAGCACUUUCAAUUGUACUUGGACCACCUGUGGCCAUAUCCAGAUUUAGGAGAAAGAUCAAUGAUUUCUCCAGGCUGACCGCUCCACAUGGAAGGAAAUUAUUGGAUAAUGUUUGGGAGAUGAUCCAAGAUUAUUUAUAUCCUCCAACUGAGAAAUCCUAUUACUCACUUGAUGACAUGGUGACACAUGAUUUGGGAUCGGCUCCUUGGACUGACUUUACGGAUGAAGAAGUAACGACUUUGGGAAAAGAGGUGGAAUGCCUGGUUAUGGCAGAUUUGAUUGAGGAAACUGUAAAUGAUUUUCAUUUAUGACUGUACAUGGUAGCUUCUCCGGUAUGAUGACAAUGAUGGCCGGCACAAGGCAAAUUAUUUGGUGGAGAGAUUGAAUGAGACAGAGGCUAUUAGGGCAUUGCGUACAUAUACAUUUUUACAUUGUGAUAUCAGAUAUCCUGAUUUGAUUCGAGGA